CGUCGCUCUUCUAAAACAUCUCCGAAUUGCAGAUUGAUGUCGUGGGAUUUCUUGGGCACGCUCUAUUGAUCUACUUCCUGUGGUAGAUCGAUUCCAUUGGGAGUUUGUUCCAGCCAAACCAUCUAUUUGAAUUGCGGGGACAUUUGUUUAUUUGAUCCAUUUGCCUCUGAAGAGUUCUCAACCUGCGAAAUGUAUGCCUCAAGACGAAGCCUUCAAGUCCAGCCGGACUACAGCUAUGGAAAUGCUGUUCUGGAUACAUCCAGAAGUGUGACUUAUCCAGAGGUCACCAACUCUGGAUACAACAAUGCUUAUUAUGUGUCCUCCAGUCAAAGCGCCGUGUACGCCCCGAGCACGACAAACAACAGCCCUAUUCUAACUAUUACCAACUCCGCAAACCCUCAUUGUUAUAUAUCCCCAGUGUAUCAAAAGUCAUGGGAGGGAAACAAGAUAAGCAGGAUCGAGCCAGUGACAACUUAUGGCUCAGAAGGCUCUCUAGCGAAGAAACGUUCAAUUGUCGGAUUUCCCCACUCGCCGUUGGCGGACGUGAACAGAGUAGGACUUGACUCUACGCUUGAAAGGGCUGAUAAGAGCCUCACGGGAUGCGAUGUCGCCGAGAUUGCACUACAGAUGGAAGUGAGACGAGGGAUCGGGACAGCGGCGUUGAACGAAUCCGUCCAAUUACUAAAACCACCAUUACGAUCACUUGAUGAGGGGCCAUAUACCCCACGUCGACGUUCGCCAGCAAUUUUCCAAACCUCACAGAACACUUCGCCUCCUCCGAGCGUACGAGCAAGUGCCGAUAAUCCUCCGCUUCAGAGACAUGAUGGGGGUGCUUCGCGAUUAAAUCGUUCUCAACCAGGAUCUCCUUACAUAAGUGCUGGACCCGACAUUGAAUUGAGUGGUUUGUCUUCGAGAGAAGUGGAAGAACCACCUCCGCCGGGUCAAGGGUUUGAGAAUACCAGGACACAAGGUCUGGGAGAAGAAAGACAUCGAAGCAUGUUCUCUCUCCUUCUAUGCAGCAUUGCAAUUUUCUUAGCCCCUGUCAACAUUGUCUCGGGAAUGACUGCAAGCCAUGGGGACAGUUGGAAGCUGGCGUUUGUGGGGUUCUUCAUAUCAUGGUUGCUAGUCGGCACAACCUGGCUCAUUUUAGACCUUCGCAGAUUUGAACGGUCGCUCUUCACAAAGAGAUGUCUUUGGCAUCUAGGAGGAUGCGCGGCAUCCCUGUAUUUCUUCAUGUCUAUACUACAUAUUAAGUCUGACAAUCUACCACAAUGGCUACCUACGGCCAUCGAUUGUGGGGUUGGGACAAGUCUCGGGUUUCAAAGUAUCCCGGCAAGUGCGAGGCAUCGGGUAGGAGAGUCAAUCGGCAGUGUUAUUGGAAGCAUUUUCGGUGGAACGCAAGUCAUUAUCAGAAGAGAUGAACAACAGCUUUUACAGAGGGAGGAGCCAUCGUCGCCACGGAGACAUCGAACAGAUAUUGAGACGGACUCAAUGGUCUGAGUCUAUGAACAGGGUUGGGAAAGCAUCACCUCUAUGCGCUCAGCCCGGUGAGAGGCUAAGUAGUGACAGGUAAUCUACGGCUGCAAAACAACACGAUUCGACUCAUGGCUCACUGAAAAUGUAUGGGUAUUGCUAGUCUUGGCCUGGUAUGCUUGUCAAAUAUUCUGCGUCAUUACGUGUGGGAGGUGUAUUCAGAUGAGCUAUGAUCAAUGGAGUAUGGAGUAUUAAGGUUAUCGCAGAGGGCUUGCUUUCGCCAGCGCGGUGCCUCGGAGGAGCUUCAAGUUGCGUCUCUUGUGUUUUUUUUAGAGAGAAAUAAUCACAUGAACCAUCG